GAGAGUGGGAGCCUGGUGAGGCGAAUACCCCAGACAGUGACAGCUAAGAAACGAGGAGGUUUUGGGAAAGUCGAGAACGGGGUUCUCUACCCCAGGGUUUGGGGGCCAGGACUACCGGAAGGACUGAAAUAAACGCAAAGUGGCGGGAGGACUGCGCGGCCUUCCCAGCUGUGUCUGGCCAUUCCAGCCGGCGUGGUCGCGAGUUUCUCCAGCAGCGCCCAAGACAACGUCGUGGGGGCGGUCAGGGGUUUCCCGGAGGAAGAGAACUGCCUAGGUAUUCCUUCACCGGCUCAUCAGCGUCAAGCCGUCCGUGAAGCCGAAUCCAACCUUUCCAGGUUUCCUGAAGACGCCUCUAAGUAAAGCGUUUGGCCCAGGAUCUCUUUAGUUCCCGUCUCAGGCCCCGCCCAGCUUCCUCAGUUCCACGACUUCCGUUUGUCUGGUCGUCUGGGAAACAGCCAACUUCCGGCCGCGAGGCGGUGGGCGGAGCCAAGAUGGCUGAGGAGGGAGUCGCGACGGUGAGAGCCGAGGUUCUCCUAGUGUCCCGGCCGCCAGGCGGGGUAGGGCCGCCCCGGGCGGAGCAGAGAGGCGAGGCUGGCUUGUGGGCGGACUGUGUCCUACGCAGCCGGCUUUGGGGAGGUGCGGAGCCGGGUCUGGAGCCUCUCGGGGUGCGCGGGGAGACAGGGCCCCGCUCCUGGGAGCUGAAGACUCCGUUUCCUGCUUCUGUUGAAUCUCAGAAACCCCGGCUGAAAAAAGCUCAAGAGUUUCCGAUUUUGGAGAAGCAGAACUGGUUGAUACAUCUCCACUAUAUCCGGAAGGAUUAUGAAGCAUGCAAGACUCUGUUCUCCCCAGAAUAUGAUGAUUUUUACUGUGUUUUCCGUCUCUUGGCAGCAUUAAUAUUUCGCCUGGAAGGAAAUAUCCAAGAAUCCCUAGAACUCUUUCAGACGUGUGCUAUUCUCAGCCCUCAGUGUGCAGAUAACCUCAAGCAGGUGGCGAGAUCUUUAUUUCUUUUGGGAAAACAUAAAGCUGCCAUUGAAGUGUAUAAUGAAGCAGCUAAACUGACCCAGAACGACUGGGAGAUCUGUCACAACCUGGGAGUCUGCUACAUUUACCUGAAGCAGUUCAGGAAGGCACAAGAACAGCUGCACAACGCACUCCAUCUUAACAGGCAUGAUUUGACUUAUAUAAUGCUGGGGAAGAUCCAUUUGCUGGAGGGAGACCUGGACAAGGCCAUUGAAAUCUACAAGAAAGCAGUGGAGUUCUCGCCAGAAAACACGGAACUUCUCACAACUUUAGGACUACUCUACUUACAGCUCGGCAUUUACCAGAAGGCAUUUGAACACCUUGGAAAUGCACUGACUUAUGACCCUACCAACUACAAGGCCAUCUUGGCAGCAGGCAGCAUGAUGCAGACCCACGGGGACUUUGAUGUUGCCCUCACCAAGUACAGAGUUGUAGCUUGUGCCGUUCCAGAAAGUCCUCCGCUCUGGAAUAACAUUGGAAUGUGUUUCUUCGGCAAGAAGAAAUAUGUGGCAGCUAUCAGCUGCCUGAAGCGAGCCAACUACUUGGCUCCCUUCGAUUGGAAGAUUCUGUAUAAUUUGGGCCUUGUCCACCUGACCAUGCAGCAGUACGCGUCGGCUUUCCAUUUCCUCAGUGCAGCCAUCAACCUCCAGCCGAAGAUGGGGGAGCUCUACAUGCUCUUGGCUGUGGCUCUGACCAAUCUGGAAGAUCCCGAGAACGCCAAGAGAGCCUACGCAGAAGCUGUCCGCCUGGACAAGUGUAACCCUUUAGUCAACCUGAACUAUGCUGUGCUGCUGUACAACCAGGGCGAGAGGAAGGGCGCCCUGGCCCAGUACCAGGAGAUGGAGAAGAAGGUCAGCCUGCUCAAGGACAGCAGCUCUCUGGAAUUCGACUCGGAGAUGGUAGAGAUGGCCCAGAAACUGGGAGCUGCCCUCCAGGUCGGGGAGGCACUGGUCUGGACGAAACCAGUUAAAGAUACCAAGUCAAAGCACCGGACCACUUCAACCAGCAAAGCUGCCGGUUUCCAGCAGCCUCUGGGCUCUAAUCAAGCCCUGGGACAGGCGAUGUCUUCCGCAGCCGCACACAGGAAGCUCCCCUCAGGUGCAGGGACGUCCCAGCUCACAAAGCCACCGUCUCUGCCUCUGGAGCCAGAGCCCACUGCGGAAGCACAUCCAGCCGAAGCAGCAGCACAAAUAAGAGAAAAACAGGAGUAGGAUGAGCCCAGAGCGGGGGUUUCUCUGGUGAGGAUGUAGCAGAUUAGGAAAGGUCAUGUGACACGGGCAGCAAAGGGGCCAGCGUGUUCCUUGGGAACCAAGGGACACAGGACGUGUUACGAUCGCAAGGAGCUGCGGCCGACGCGGCCUCCCGCUAGCCCGUCAGCCGGACAGGAGAGAGCCCCGACAGGCCCUUUAGGCCUAAGCGCGAGGCUCGUGGCUCUGGGUUUGUAGCUCCAGGAACCAGUCGGGCACAUGAUGCUGUUUGCUUCUGAAAUGACCUUCACCUCCUGGAUGACUGACCCCUUCCUCUGUGGAAGGAAAGUCUGCACAACCUCUGCCCCGGAGCCCUGCUACGAUAAAGCCUUGGCUUAGCGGAGGCGACCUGCGGGCUGUGGGGCUCGUCAGCCCCGAAGGCAAACACAAAUCUUGGAUUAGUAAUCCGGCUCUAACAGUCUACAUUUAAGGGGGAAAUGAUGAGAAAAACCUCUCUAAAUUGAGGCCCAGCCUGUUGGAUAUUCCGGCUGCAUCUGUCCAGGGGAAUCCGGAACAAGUCCUUUAUCUUGUUUCUGAGACGUGAGAGCGUACGUGGAGCCAGAUCAUGUCAGUAUGAUGAGAGGCGGGGGGGCAGGGCUGGGCUGGCAUCAGCACCAAGCAUGAAAAGGAAAAAAGCAGAGCUGUUUAAUUUUUAUGUAAAACAAUCAGUGAUGCCCGUGGCCAGAUGCUCGCAGUACAUCACCCGUAUGUCCUUUUUAGAAUGAAGAGUAUGUAUCAUCAUCCCUUUGGGGAAGGUUUUACUUAGGUGUAAAAAGAAGAGAUCACAAUAAAACCUUUUUAAAAGAA